AUGUCAAUGUUGGAAAGGGUGCAAGCUGAGCUCUGGUCGGUCGAGGAUGAGCGGAAGCUGAUUCAGGAGUGCCCAAACUUUGAUGCCAGCCAAGACCAAGACGAUGACGAGCUCGAAGCCUGGAGACUUUUGGGAUACCUCUACGACGACGCCAUGCUCUCUGAUCUCUUCACCUACGGGCUCAGGAUCGGCAAAGUGGUGGCGGCCAACGGCCAAUUCAGCUUCUACCACGCCCUGUGCCAUGUUCUCGUGUACCCGGGCUUCAAGGGCAAUCUGAAUAUCUUGCGCUUCGUCCUACAGAUGAUUGCCUACAUCAAGAUCGAGAACCACGCCCGGCCAUUCGGCCCCGUCUCGCCCCAUCCAAAGGUCAUGGAGACCUUUUACAACCUGCGCGCCAAGUAUCGAGGCAAGGUUGCAGACGACGGAAGCCGAAGAGACGAGGGCGCCGUGGCCCUGGCACUCUGGAAAGACACCAACCCGGCCAACGACGGCCACAUCUGCAAAAUUCUCGACAACCUGCAGUUGGAAAUAGACCGCUGGCUGAACCGACAGCCAGCUACACCCGUGUACUCCCCCGCCGAGCAGCAAGCCUUUGUGGUCGACACGGACGAUCUCGCACGGCUGGUGGCAGCCAUCGAAAAGACGUCACCCACAAGAUGCAACCUCUUGCUCGACGAAGCGAGAAUCGCCCUGCCGGACGGGACGCGACCCUUGAGCUUUGGCCACCUCGAGACCAUCAAGAACCGGCUGGCCGUGGAGCACGAGCGCAGAUACCGGCUGCGCAAGAGGCUGCUCGCGUCGAGGGGCGAGGCGGCAGGCCGCGACCUGCACGUCUUUGACAUGCCCGGCGGCGACCCGGACCCCGUGUACGUCUAUGCGGACGACGUCAAGCCCGGCGAGCUCCGCGUGCUGGCGGGGGAGGUCAUGCCGCUCCGCUACCCGGUCUGCCUGGCGUACAGCAGCAGCACGCACCACGUCGACGCUCCGGCGGGCGUGGGUGCGUCGGGGAGCAUGGCCGGCACCAGGGUGACGCACGUCAGGAUGCGUUCGAGGGCGCAGAGCCCCGACUUUGGCGCGGGCGACGGCAGCAGUGUCGAGAAUUCAGUCGAGGUGGAGGAUGACGGCGAUGGGACUUGGCAAAUGUGGUUCGAGUAUGGCCGGACUUGCAACGACGGACCAAGGCGGAUCAAAAUGUCAUGACCGAAAGCAAAAAAAAAAAAAAAGAGAAAGGCCGCCCCAAUAGCAAUCGUCGACUAUCAGAUACGGCCAUACCCUCUGGAACAUACCGUGCCUUGCCUAUGGAGU